AUGUCUUCUAGAGCACAACGACGUCGAACAAAACCUUCAAUUACUGUGAAACAAGCAUUUGAAGAAAAUGAGAACGACAAUAAACCGAAUACUCAAGAAAUAUCUGAUGAAUAUGAAUCAUCAUUACGUGAUCAUAUUGAUUUAGAUCGAUUUUAUGAAAGAGCAUUUUUUACAAUAAAUAAUGUAACAGUUGAAGUUAUUUUGAAUAAUGAUAUAUUAAAUUGGUCAGAUCUAUCAGAUGAAAGCUAUUACGAUGGAAUUCAUCGAAGAAAAGUUUCUAAUAGAGAAAAUAUGAAUUCAAUUAAUUUACAUGAUGUUUAUGCUAUAUCACCCAUAUAUGAUCAAUGCAAUUCGUUAUUAAAUACAAAUGAAAAUCAAUCGAAUAUGACAUUACGUGGAUUUCAAUUACAUACAUAUGAAAUAAAGCAUGAUAAUAUUUUACAAGAAAUUCUUAUUAUUUUUCAAAGUAAUCUACCUAAUCAAAUGAAACAAUGGUAUCGAUUACUUUCAAAAAUGAUAUCUGAAUAUAAACCAUCACGUAAGAUACUUGUUCUUUGUAAUCCAUACACUGGUUCAAGACCUAGUCGAUAUGUUUAUAAUACAAAAAUUAAACCUAUGCUUGACAGAGCACAUUAUAAUGUUACUUAUUUUGAAAUCGAUGAUCUAUGUUCUGCUGAUGAAGUAUUAAGUAAUUUUGAAGAUGAUUUUGAUUCAUUUUAUGGCUUAGUUAUUAUUGGUGGUGAUGGCUCAGUAAUUAAUGUUAUCAAUGCAUUACUUCGUAAUUUAGCAAAAGAAAAUCGAACAAGAUUAGGUAUAGAAUAUGAUUUACCAUCAUUACCAUUUCCUAUAUGUAUUAUACCGAAUGGAACAACAAAUAUCAUAUGUCAGUCGAUUCAUGGUUGUACAGAUCAUUGUACACCUAUUCUUCAUUUACUUUUUAAUCAUCAAAUGAAAAUUGAUAUGUCAGCAAUAUUUGAUGCUAAUUAUAAUUUUGUUACAGCAAAUUUUAGUGCUGGAGCUGGUUAUCCAGCUAAUGCUCUUAAAUAUUUUACACGUUAUUCAAAUUUUAGUCCAAAAAAAACUAUUCGAAAAUCAUUUGCUAAAGCAACUUCAAAUAAAAAUCUCAGGGAAGGAUAUAGUUGUUAA